UCCGCCCCCGCGCGCCGUGGGGCCGCGUCCGCGGGCUGCGACCGCCUGCACGAGUAUAGAGAUGAGAUGUCAUCUUCUAGCAUUAGAAUGACAAGCUCAAGACUGGCUGACAUGACGUGACAAUAGCAUGAAUGUUUAAUUCAAGCCUACAACUUAAGAACAAAACUGCAUACCUAGCCUUAUUCCUUCCUGUCAUCUCUCUGCUACUAAGGUAACAUUGGCUUGCCCUGGCCUCUGUUCAACUUGCCUGGUAUCUGUCAUGGCUGAUGACUCUCAGAGAAACUUCCGGUCAGUGUAUUAUGAAAAAGUGGGAUUUCGUGGAGUUGAAGAAAAGAAGUCAUUGGAAAUUCUCUUAAAAGAUGAUCGUUUGGAUAUUGAGAAGCUUUGCACGUUUAGUCAAAGGUUUCCUCUCCCAUCCAUGUAUCGUAUAUUGGUGUGGAAGGUGCUUUUAGGGAUCAUUCCUCCUCACCAUGAUUCUCAUGCUUUGGUGAUGAAUUACCGGAGGGAGCAGUACUGGGAUAUACACCAUGCUCUCCGUAUAAUUCGUUUUAUCAAUGAUUCUACUCCACAGGUAGAUGUUUUCCUCCGGAUAUAUCAACUGGAAUCAGGGAAGUUGCCUCGAAACUUGGCUUUUCCUUUGGAACCAGAAGAUGAAAUGUUUCUUGCUAUUGCUAAAGCAAUGGAGGAAAUGGUGGAGGAUCCUAUAGAAUGCUACUGGCUUGUUAGUUGCUUUGUGAAUCAGCUAAACAGCAAGCACAAAGAUUCAUUACAACAACUACCAAAAAUUCUGGAGCAGUAUUUGCAUGUUGAAGAUAACAGACUCCUGAUGCAUCUGAAAGCAUGUUCUGCAAUGAGCAAACUUCCUUACAAUCUUUGGUUUAAAAAGUGUUUUGCAGGCUGUUUACCUGAGUCCAGUUUGCAGAGAGUUUGGGACAAAGUUAUUAGUGGGUCCUGCAAGAUUCUUGUUUUUGUUGCAGUGGAGAUAUUAUUAACUUUUAAAAUGAAGAUAAUGGCACUGAGUACUGCAGAAAAGAUCACACAGUUUUUGGAAAAUAUUCCUCAAGAUAACACCGAUGCCAUUGUCAGCAAAGCUGUUGACCUGUGGCGCAUGCACUGUGGCACUCCAGCACACUCGGUCUGAAAAACCUGCUUGCUCCUGACAGCUUGGGAAAAGAAGACUUUGGAAAGGUCUCCUUUGACCUCUUGGCUGCCAUCCUGAUCUCAUGUUCGUAAUUUUCUGUUCUCUGUUAAGAUGCCAUUAAAGCAUUUCAUGGCAUAGUAAUCAAUGUAUAAAUAUUUUGCAAUAAAUACAGAUGAAAGGAAGAUUAUCUAAUAGUA